AUGCGCACUUCUCUCACACUGGCGGCUGUCUACGCCGCCGCCGCCGCUACCGCCUUCCAAGGCUUCAACUACGGUUCUACCUUCACCGACGGCCGCCCCAAGACACAAUCCGACUUUGAGUCCGAGUUCAAGACCGCAGCCAGUCUCGAGGGCACCAACGGCGCCUUCACCUCUGCUCGUCUCUACACCAUGGUCCAGGGUGGAACUACCAACGACCUUAUCUCAGCUAUCCCCGCCGCCAUCUCUACCAAGACGACCCUCUUGCUCGGCCUCUGGGCUUCCGCUGGCGACGCCGCCUUCGCCAACGAGCUCGAGGCCUUGAAGAAGACGGUUGCCAAGUACGGCAGCCAGCUCGACGGCCUCGUCGCCGGCAUCUCCGUCGGUAGCGAGGAUCUCUACCGCCAUUCGCCCACCGGCAUUGCCAACGGUGAAUAUUCUGGCGCCGAGCCCAGCACUCUCGUCAAGUACUUUGACCAGGUCCGAGACGUCAUCAAGGGCUCGCCCCUGAGCACUGCUCCCCUCGGCCACGUCGACACAUGGACUGCCUGGGUUAAUGGCAGCAACAAGGCAGUCAUCGACGCUUGUGACUGGAUCGGAAUGGAUGCCUACCCCUACUUCGAGAACACCAAGCCCAAUGAUAUUUCUGACAGCAAGCAACGCUGGGCCGAUGCCUUGGGUGCCACCCAAGGUGCCGUCGGCGGCAAGCCUGUCUGGGUCACGGAGACCGGCUGGCCUGUCAGCGGGAAGACUGUCGGCGCCGCCGUCCCCUCGCUCGAGAACGCCAAGAAGUUCUGGGAUGACGUCGGCUGCCCCAUGUUCGGCAAGACCAACGUCUGGUGGUACACCUUCCAGGACUCUUCUCCUACCACCCCCAACCCCAGCUUCGGCGUCAUUGGCUCGACUCUGACCACCAAGCCGCUGUACGACCUUUCAUGCGACAAGGCAGGCACCGGCUCGUCUUCUUCUGCCUCUGCCUCGCCCACCACGACUGUCGCCACCACUGCUUCUUCGCAAGCUAACGGCACUGCGUCUUCUGCCGCUGCCACUACAACCGGCGGUGGCUCCGGCUCCGGCUCCGGCUCCGGUUCCGGCAUUAACCGCCCCGGUACUAAUGCCACCGUUGGCGUCCCGACAACGGCACCCACCGCCGUCGUUGGCAGCAAUGCCGCCACAACAAGCUUCAGCAUCGCUAUUGUCGCCGGCAUGAUUGCUCUCGCCAUGUUCUGA